AUAUGUACGUUGAGCAGAUUAGUGGAACAAAUCAAGUUCUAUCAAUACACAGGCUAAUAACGGGCAAUGACCAAAAUAGCGCCAACAUCACCAGAAAGUACGACUGUCUAGUGGUCGAGCAGAUCACCAGGCCUGUACGUUCUUUCCGCGAACGUGUUGCAAUGAAGCACCUGAAGAAACACCAAAUUUCAAUUCGGAGAGUGACGCUAAUGUCUCAUAGGAUCUCUGAUAUUGUUGCAAUUUUACUAUACUUCGUAUCAAUAGUACAAACUCGACCUAACGGUGGUUCCCCCGUUUCCUACUGGUACAAUCCAUGCCAUCACAAUAACAACCAAAAAUACGAAUUUACUCGGUAUAGUGUGACUAAAGACGACAUGACCAGGAUCAAGGAGCAACUUAAUACAUCACUUGGUUCAGUCGAGGAGUCCGUGAAAAAUUUUGCUCCCCGCAAGCAGCUAGCUAUCAAGGUGCCCUCAAGAGCCUUCGAUUCAUCGAAGAAGAAGGAAGAAGCUGCACCGCUACUGAUCGGAUUCAGUUGCUCGUCGUAA